AUGUUCCGCAAGACGAUCAACUGCGCAAUUGGCCUCACCUGCGAGGGCUGGAGAAGACCCUCGCCGACUCCAGGCCGUGGAGCCGGAGGGCGCGCUGGUCGGCGGCGGCCGAGCCAAGGAGGACCCGCAUGGCCGGCCUCGCCUGGCAGCGGAGGAGCCGCGGUCGAGGGCGCUCCAGGCGUUGGAGAGGGAUCUGAUGAGCCUCGGAACUGUCGAGGCCAUGAGCGACAAGUCCAGGACCUGAUACCGACUACGGCCACGAGGGCGGCCUCCGUCUACAUGACCGCGGCCAGCACCGAGGAGGUGUUGGGCGUUAUGGCCCACUUGUUCCGGCACGGCGGGCUGAAGCAGAAACACAAGUUGGCAAUCUUAUCUCAAGAAGCCAGCGGAUAUGUGUUCCACGAGCUGCUGUCCCAGCAGGUGGACCUCAAGGCCCGCGCGAAGCUGGCCAUCGAGGGGAGGAGCCACCUCCUGGAGCCGAUCGGUCCGACCGUGCGCGCCCUGCACAAGGCGGGCAAGGGAGCGGCCUUGCAGCGCCUGCUCGAUAUCUGGGGCAGAGCUGGCUACUACCCUGAGGGCGCAUUGGAACAGCUGCGCCACCAGUGGUUACCACUGACCGCCCAGAAGACUAAGACGGAGCAGGAGACCUUCUCGUGA